AUGGCAGAAGUCUAUUGCACGUGUGUGAUUGCCUACAUGGAGGGGAGGAGGCCGCCUCCUAGAAGCGAGAUGAGUUCGACUUUGGAAGCACUUGAUAAACGCGCUCGACAACUCGAAGCCACAUCCCAGGUCACACCACCUCCACCGUUUACUGAAACAACGUGGGACUCGCUUACAUGGCGUGUGUGCCGUCUGUCGCGUUUACUGCCACCUGCUAAGGCGCUCAAGAAGGCACCGCCUUUGGGGAAUGCCGCCUCUUUAUCUCUCUUGAAGGGUGCCAUCUCGACCAUCAGCGUUCAGAACCAGAUCCCCUGGUCCGUGGACGAUGAUUUGGAAGAAAAAGAAUAUAUAAAGUUAGCUGCGCAAUGGCUAUACUUCUACGCGGGCCAACGCAAUGUUGAGAUUAGGCACCCUUCGUUUAAAUUCGAGAACGUCUGUUCUCUAGCGCUGGAUCUAUCUCUCGAGGCUGAAUCUGGGUACCCUUGGAAUAGGCGACCGAUACCUCCCCCUGGUCUCAUGGCACCUCCGAUGUUCAACACGCAAAGAGCAAGAUGUUGUGGCUGCUGCUCCUGUAGUUGCCAUAGGAACUCAAGAUCGCGACGCGAUUCGAGCGUGAGCUCGGACGGGAGUUCGCAUAGGAGUUCGCGUCGUGGAAGAUGGCCGGUCCUGGGAUGGUUCAAAAGGCUCGCCUUCUGGCGUAGGAGACGCAUUGCGGAUGAUUCUUCGUCAUCAUCGGGCACAAUUGUGGAUGACUGA